AUGAAAAUUCAUUGUAUUAAUAUAUUAUUGUUUUCUGUUCCAUUAAAUAUAUUAGUAAAUACCCACAAAAAAUCAUCCAUAAGACGACUCCAUACACAAACCACCAGAUCAUUAUGCGAAUGUGAAUUAUAUUCACCGGCGAACUAUGAUAGUGACCCACAAAUGAAAGAAGUCAUGGAAAAUUUCAUUAAACAGACACAGCAAAGAUUUCAUGAUUAUGACGACCGUAUGAAAGAAAAACGAAAGCAAUGUAAAGAACGAUGUGAUAAAGAAAUCCAAAAAAUUAUUUUAAAAGAUAAAUUAGAAAAAGAAUUAAUGGACAAAUUUGCCACACUACACACAGAUAUACAAAGUGACUCUAUUCCAACAUGUGUUUGCGAAAAGUCGUUAGCAGAUAAAACAGAAAAGUUUUGUCUUAAUUGUGGAAAAACUAUGGGAGGGGUUGCCCCCGGUUGGGGUCUGGUCGGCGGUUUAUGGUAUGCGACAUGGUCACAAUAUGUUACUAAAACGGCUAUACAAAAGGGUAUUGAAGCAGGUGUUAAAUGGGGGAUUCAAGAAUUAAAAGUUUUUCAUAGCUUAUAUCGAUUAAUUGAGGUUUCACAAAUACAAAGUUUCAUUAAUCCUGCAAAUUAUGCUGAAAAAACGACGUAUUUUUCAUUUGUUAAAAGUGUUAAUAGUACAAAGUGUGUUGGUAAAGCUGUUAAUACUGAACCAUUUUGCAAUUUCGUAUCACUUAAUGGGGAAAGUGCAUUAUCCGAUCGAGCUGCCGUUAUUGCAAAAGAUGCAGCAUAUAUGGCUGAAGUUGCUAAAGAAGGUGUAUUGAAAGAGGGAGCCAGUGUAACUAGUAGUUUAACUACUGGAAUAACUGCUUCUCUUAUUGCAAUAGUAGUAAUCGUUUUAAUUAUGAUAAUUAUCUAUUUAGUUUUACGUUAUAGACGAAAGAAAAAAAUGAAGAAAAAACUCCAAUAUAUAAAACUAUUAGAAGAAUAG